UGAGACUAAUUGGUGUAUACGUAAUUACCCCUCAAGCCCCUCCGUCCCACUCUGAGUUGGAAUUCUUACCAGUUUGGUCACGUUACGGCUUUGCUUACGUUUACGGCUGCAAAGGUUCUUCAAGUUUCUUCUUUUGCGUCGCAACAGGCAGACAACAGGCUUCCUUCACGAUGGCAAACCAAGAAGGCAAAACCGGUUCUCCGCAGAAAACCGUGUCCUACAAGACCGAGCAGUCCACCAAACCAGGUGGUCUGUGUCGUCUGCGACUGCCGCUCCUUGUGUUGGCGGUGCUGCUGACUGCUGGGGUCGCCCGCGGUCAGGCCAUGGGUGAGUUUAAAGGAGAUGACGAGAAGGUGGCAGUGAAGGCUCCUGGUCACAACAUUUGCUACAUUGUCGAUAAAUCACCAGUCGUCGGUCACAGGUUCGUGAUUGCCGUGGAUGAGAGCCGCAGCGCCCGGCCGGACCUGGGCGAGGAGUUAGCGGCGUUCUGCGGGGACCUGGAGCCGCGCUGGGCCACCGCCGAUCUGCCUGGGGAGGGGGGCGGUUCUGCCAACGAUGUCAUGGUGCAGAUUCACCAUAAAAUAUUCCCUAUCGGAAGCAGUGAGGAAGAAGAAGAAGAGUAGCUCGGAGUGACGUCGUCUCCCAGUUGCUCGACGCUGUCAUGACAUCAGCCGACGUCAGUGUGCGAUUUAUGGGCAAUAAAAAUGAUAUAAUAAACUUUAGAAUUACACAACAUAUCAUACAAGGCACAGUGUAUGACAUCAUUUGCUAUGUGUCGAACAUACUAAUCUAUCUACCUUACAAAAGACAGUGUAGUAUGGGAUGAGAAUGUGCUUUCAGUUUUACAAUUAAGGUGGAGUUUCUAGGCUUUAGACAUUUCUUUAAAAUAUUGUUCUAUAUGUACAUGGGUUAUCAUACGUCAAUUUGUACUGGGAUUUGCUAUUUGUAUCCGCUGAGAAAAUCAGUAUAGUACAUGAUAAACUGGUAUAAUGACUUAGACAUACAUGUACUUAGUAUCAGAACUCUCUCAGUUGUUCCUUAAAAUUUUGUUUUAGGGAGACAUGGACAACUUAUAGUUAGAAUAAGUUCGGCAUAUUGAUAUUCUGUUACUUGAACGUUUUGUCUGGAGUGUACACAAUAAACUUUCCCAUUUCAGGCCA